AUGACAGCCGUCGCGAGCCCGCCCACCCUAUCGCAGCACAACCGGCCGGCAUGGGGCAUGAAUGGUCAUCGUGGAGUUCAGAGUGUCGAUGCCAUGAAUUCCGACGAGUUGAACCGCAUGUUUAUGCCACGAAAGAGCUUACAGCGCAAUAACUCAUCUUCUUCUAUAUCAUCUAAUUCGUCAAAUACCUCAACGUCCACCGUUGUUGGUCCCAACGGACAGCCCGCUCAGCCAAACGGCACAGCAAAUGGCGCCCCUCUAUCCAUAGCUGGAGCUGGCGAUCUAGGCUCCUGGGUGCAACCUGCGCCGAGAAAACGUCUACAGCAAGCCAAAGGCCCGUGGCCACCAGCAAAGCCAGAGACACAGCCGGAUUUCGCUAGGAUGGCUGCAGGCCGACCACAGCUGAUGGGCAUGAACGGAGCGGGAUCUAUGCAGCCUUCGCCAAUUUUACAAUCUCAACAGCAAAUGUCGACACAACAGGGCAUCGCUCGGCCUCUCGGCGACCCGAUGCCCCAAGGCGGACAACCAGUGCUUUAUCUUUUGAGUCUCAACGGCACUUUUGAGCGCAAGACCAUAUCUGUUCCCUUUUCCCCUGACACCCUUAGAAUCGGUCGUCAGACAAACGCGAAGACAGUCCCUACUCCUACCAACGGUUUCUUUGACUCGAAAGUUCUUUCGCGACAACAUGCCGAAAUAUGGGCUGAUCGACAGGGCAAGAUAUGGAUACGCGAUGUCAAGUCAUCAAAUGGCACGUUUGUCAACGGCACGCGCCUAUCCCAAGAGAACCGCGAGUCCGAGCCACACGAGUUACAGACUGGUGAUCAUUUGGAGUUGGGUAUUGAUAUUGUUAGCGAGGACCAAAAAACCGUUGUACAUCACAAAGUUGCAGCCAAGGUCGAACAUGCCGGCUUUUUGAAUACUGCCAGCAAUCUCCUCGACAUGAAUUUUGGGGAUCUUGAUCCGUCAAAUGCCAUGAUGAUGCAGCACGGUGGCGGCAUGCCAUUUCGAGGUCGCACGGGAAGCCAGGCGUCGCUCGCGAGCAAUGGUCGCGUGAUGCCCAACAACGGAAUGAUGGGUGCUCAGGUCAAUGGUAUACCACAACAACGAGCCGGGGGCUUCUUCUUUUCUCCUAUCAGCACCGAGCAGAUUGUAAAGAGACUGCAGAAUGAAAUGCGGACAGCACGAAUCCAAUCUUCAGAUCUUGACCGGACUGGUCAUUUCAUCAGUGCAUUACUAUCGAAAGACGAUAUCAAAGAUAUGGAAAAGCCAGAUGGUGCCGAACUCAAACAUCAAGCAGUGAAUGGAAACGCCGUACAGUUUAUGCGAGCCGACAACAAAGCAAGGUUCUCCGAUCCCCCGGCACCACCCCCUCAACAACCGCUUCCCGAAAAGCCAGAUGUCCCAUCAUUGAAGCGCGGUAUCACUGAGCGUCCCAAAACGAGCGUCUCAAGCGCCAACGUAUCACCGAUUCGCCAGGAUGGCAACGUGAGCCAGAUUCUACAAUUAACCGAGGCCCUUAACAGUGCAAAGAAAGAGCUGGAAACGCAAAAUACCAGGAUGCGGGAUCUAGAGGACAUGCUCCACAAGGAACGACACGCCCGUGAGCUGGCAGAAGAGCUGGCCCGAAGAUUGGAAGAUGCCGCAGCCGCGAAUGUCAACGGGACUUCUCACAAUUUGGAACAGGGAGUGGCGGAGCCGACGCUUAUACUGGAUGAAGCCUUCGACCCUCCAGUGGAAAAUGUUUCGUCUCCUGUGGCUGAUACACCGACCGGUACCGUUCCCGAAACAUUGCCAGCAGGCCCAGAAGUUGAGAACAUUGAAGCAUCUGCCACGCAACUACACAAGCAGCUCGAGUCCAUGGUGCUUGAGAUGAAGGACUUGAGGCAACAGCUCGAAAUCUACAAGACGCGUGCUGAGUCCGCCGAGGCAGAGCGGGACACUGAUCGAAAGACUCUUGCCGAGUUGGCUUUGCAAAUCAGAAAAGACAACGAGAUUAGAGAGGAAGCUGCUCGCUGGCGGUCGUUGUCCUCCGAAAAAGAAGGAGCCGACAACGCGACAUCAGCAGACAAAGCAGCCAUGGUUCAUGUACCAUCCAUGAAAUCCGGCACAACGGCCGGCCAGUCCACCACAGAAGAGGAAAAGGACGGAUUCACAUUAUCGCGGUCCGACACCAUCAGGCCAUUUCCUACCCAAGGCGGUCAACUCGCUCAUAAUCAGGUACUGGCAAACAGUGUGCCAUAUGCCUCCAUGCUCGGCGUUGUCCUCCUGGGCAUGGGCUUAAUGGCAUAUAUCAAUGGCUGGCAGCCACAGCCUCCACGACUCGACCGGUAG